AUGCUUUUAAAUCCAUCAAAUAUUAUCGACAGAAACAAUACCUCCACGAAUCAAACACAAGCAGUUUCAUGCUCAGCUGCUGCUGCCGCCGCCAGUACACCUAGGUCAUUCCCAUACUCUCAGCCUGCCGAAUUAAAGUUAUCGAUGGACCACGGUCAUGAAAUAAAUGGCACAACUAUUGACAACGUUGACAAAUCCUCUAGUUUCUACAAACUCAUUUUGGACUUGAAGGAACUCUUAGCUGGAAAAGGUUUAUCUUCAGAGGAUAUUGAUGUUGAAAAAGUUAAGCAGCUAAUGGAGAACUACGAAUCAAAUGACAUUGAUUGGUCACACUUGGCACUUCACGAUCAAUCAAGAAACUACUCACGGAAUGGUAUCAUAAAUUUGAACGGUAAUGCAAACUUGUUGAUUCUUUUAUGGUCUCCCGGUAAAUCGAGUGCCAUUCAUGACCACGCUAACGCCCAUUGUUGUAUGAAGAUUUUGAAAGGAGAACUUAGAGAAUCCUUAUAUGACAUCCCAGAACGUACCGGAGAACAAUUAAAGUGCAAGAAGGAAACCCCAUUGUACCGUGACGAAGUUGGUUACAUUUCCGAUACUAUCGGACUUCACAAAAUUACCAAUCCAUUGAAGGAUGAAGUUAGUGUUUCGCUUCAUCUUUAUACUCCACCAUAUGCUGCAUUGUAUGGUUGCAGCAUGUAUGAUGCUUCGACUGGUAGAAAACAUCACGUUGAUAUGUCAAAGUACUAUAGUUGGCAAGGAGAACUAGUCAACGAAGCACAUUCGCUGACUUGCUAA